UUCCUUUAGAAACCGGCAAGAAAGCAGAAGAAAUGACUCAGGUUGCCCAGAGCGAUAAAAACGAUGGUGAUUUUGGUGCAGAACAGGUGUUUUCAAGCUCGCCUCCGACAAAAUUGCAUUUGGGUGCAACUGCAACGGAAAAAGCCUCGAAUGUCGCCGCUCCCCCCGAAGCCCCCAUCAUCCUCAGCCCCCCACAGACGCUGAAGCCGGACAUGUACAACCUGGUGUGGCGUUCGGGGCGGGAUGGGGGCUUGCCCAUCAACGCCUAUUUUGUCAAAUACCGCAAGCUGGACGACAGCGUCAGCGCAGUGGGAAGCUGGCACACGGUGCGGGUCCCUGGCAGUGAGAAUGAGCUGCGGCUCACCGAGCUGGAGCCUUCCAGCCUGUAUGAAGUUUUAAUGGUGGCGAGGAGCGCUGCUGGUGAAGGCCAGCCUGCUAUGCUGACAUUUCGCACCAGCAAAGAAAGAACAUCAUCCUCGAAAAACACUCAGGCUCCAUCUCCACCAGUAGGCGUUCCUAAACAUCCUGUUGUUCACGAAGGCACAAAUAAUUUCGGUGUCAUCCUUCCAGACGUGUCUCGACACAGCGGAGUUCCAGAAGCUCCCGACCGACCCACGAUCUCCACAGCAUCAGAAUCAUCUGUCUACGUCACGUGGAUACCACGAGCAAACGGUGGCUCCCCCAUUACUGCCUUUAAAGUGGAGUAUAAACGCCUGGGUCGAAACAGUGACUGGCUAAUUGCAGCUGAUAACAUUUCUCCUUCCAAGCUGUCUGUGGAAGUUCGAAACUUGGAGCCGGGAGAAAUGUAUAGGUUCCGUGUGAUCGCUGUGAACAAUUAUGGGGAGAGCCCACGCAGUGCAGCAUCUCGCCCUUACCAAGUAGCCGGAUUUACCAGCCGUUUUUCCAACCGCCCUAUCACAGGACCUCACAUUGCUUAUACCGAAGCCAUCAGUGACACUCAGAUCAUGUUAAAAUGGACGUACAUUACAUCAAGCAACAACAACACGCCCAUCCAAGGAUUUUAUAUCUAUUAUCGGCCUACGGACAGCGACAAUGAUAGUGACUACAAGAGGGAUGUCGUGGAAGGUACGAAGCAAUGGCACUUGAUAAAUCACCUGCAGCCAGAAACAUCUUAUGACAUUAAAAUGCAAUGCUACAAUGAAGGUGGUGAAAGUGAGUACAGCAACGUGAUGAUCUGCGAAACCAAAGUGAAACGCACGCCAGGAGCAUCUGAAUAUCCAGUGAGAGACCUGAGUACGCCACCAAAUCCCCCCGACCGCGUUGGGGGAAGUGGAGCUGGGCCUGCGAACGGCCCCGUUCGGAGCAGCGACAUGCUGUACUUGAUCGUGGGCUGCGUCCUUGGGGUGAUGGUCCUUAUUCUCAUCGUUUUCAUUGCCAUGUGCCUGUGGAAGAACCGUCAGCAAAAUGCCAUGCAGAAAUAUGACCCUCCUGGCUAUCUCUAUCAAGGGACGGAUAUCAACGGGCAAAUGAUUGAGUACACAACCUUACCCGGCACAAGCCGAGUCAACGGCAGCAUCCAUGGAAACUUCAUAAGCAACGGCGGCCUCGGCAAUGGCUGUCCGCAUGUCCAUCAUAAAGUUGCUAAUGGAGUUAAUGGGAUCAUGAACGGAGGAACUGGACUGUACCCAGGGCACACCAACUCCCUGUCCAGGACACACAUGGACUAUGAACAUCCCCACCAUCUUGUGAACGGCGGUGGGAUGUACACAGCAGUGCCGCAGGCCGACCCCUCAGAGUGCAUCAGUUGCCGAAAUUGUCGGAACAAUAACAGGUGUUUCACCAAAACCAACGGCACUUUCGGCAGCAACACGCUACCCGUCGUGCCCAUCGUAGCACCUUAUCAGCAGGACGGUUUGGAGAUGAAACCUCUGAAUCACCACGUCAUGGUAGCCAUGUGCUUGGCCUCCACCGUCCCGGAGUGCAGCGCCCGGCUGGAGGAGGACGGCAAGGAGAAAACGGAACAACCCUCUGCCCAACAUCCCUGCUGUCGAGAAGGCAUCAAUCGGCUCUCCGUGGAUUACACGGCGAACGGUGACAACUGUGUGCACUCGGAAACAUCGAACCACGUUUUGAGCUGGAGUCCCCUUAUUCUGCAACCUGUUUCGAAAGACUGUAAGGAAAAACCAGGAUGGAGUUCAUCCGGAGUCACCUUAAACGGUUCUGGGGACCUUCGGCAGCUCCAGCUCCAGGAAACCUGA